GGUUAAAGGGAAUUGUCUGGCCUGCGGCUUUAAUGCGUGUCUCGUGUGGAGGGCACGGAGCUGAGUUUGGUAGGAGGUUCCUGUGUGGAGCAGCCCUGGCAGGGAGCAGAGCUGUGAUCUCAGAGGCGAUGAGGGAGCGCCGGGGGCUGCGGGCUCCGGCUCCGAGCGGGGGCCCCGGGGCAGCUCCGGGGGUCCCAGCGGGUGCUGCCAGCCCAGGGGAUGGCACUGGAGCGGAGCCGCUCCUGUGCUGAGCCCCGAGCCCGGCCUGCGCUCCCAGCCUGAGUUUCCCGGGGAGCGGAGGAUGCGGAGAGGGCGAUGAGCGGUCCCGGGGAGGACGGGCGCUGCCGCAGGGCCAUCAGCAUCCUCACCGAGCUGUGCCAGAGGAAGAGCCUGCCCAGCCUGGACCGGGACACCUGCAGGGAAUUCCUCCUGCUGCCUUCUGACCAGAGCCUCAUCAUCUCCGAGCCAGAGCUCUCCGUCAGCCUCCUCGCGGUGAUCGUGGUCGUGUGCGGCCUGGCCCUGGUGGCAGCGUUCGUCUUUCUCUUCUGGAAGCUGUGCUGGGUCCCCUGGAGGAGCAAGGCCCUGUCCUCCCACCCGGCCGUGCUGCGGGGCGAGGGCGGCAUGGCAGACAAGCUCAAGGACACGGGGGCCAUCAGCGUCCUGGAGGCGGCCGUGAAGAUCAGCCACACCUCGCCGGACAUCCCCGCAGAGGUGCAGAUGUCCAUGAGGGAGCACCUGAUGAGGCGCACGCGGAUCCAGAGGCAGACCACGGAGCCAGCGUCCUCCACCAGGCACAUCUCCUUCAAGAGGCACCUGCCCCGGCAGAUGCACGUGUCCAGCCUGGACUACGGCCUGGAGCCGCCGGCCGUGGCCGAGCAGCCCACCAGCAUCGGCCGCAUCAAGCCCGAGCUCUACAAGCAGAAGACCGUGGACACCGAGGACCCCAAGAAGGGGGCAGAGAAAACCUGUGGGAAGAUCAACUUCACCCUCAAGUACGACUACGAGAGUGAGACGCUGACCGUCCGGAUCCUCAGGGCUUUUGACUUGCCAGCCAAAGACUUGUGCGGCAGCUCGGACCCCUACGUGAAGAUCUACCUCCUGCCCGACCGCAAGCGCAAGUUCCAGACGCGCGUGCACAGGAAGACCCUGAACCCCACCUUCGACGAGUCCUUCCACUUCCCCGUGCCCCACGAGGAGCUGGCCAGCAGGAAGCUCCACCUGAGCGUCUUUGACUUUGACAGGUUCUCCAGGCAUGACAUGAUAGGAGAGGUUAUCCUGGAGAACCUGUUCGAGGACUCGGACCUCUCCCGGGAGACCUCCGUCUGGAGGGACAUCCAGUACGCCACGACGGAGAGCGUGGACCUGGGCGAGAUCAUGUUUUCCCUUUGUUAUUUGCCAACUGCAGGUCGCCUCACCUUAACAGUCAUUAAAUGCAGGAAUCUCAAAGCUAUGGACAUCACAGGUUACUCAGAUCCGUAUGUCAAAGUGUCUUUGCUCUGUGAUGGGCGAAGGCUGAAAAAGAAGAAAACCACCAUCAAGAAAAACACACUUAAUCCCACCUACAAUGAAGCAAUAAUCUUUGACAUUCCCCCCGAGAACAUGGAUCAAGUCAGCCUGCUGAUCUCCGUCAUGGAUUACGACCGGGUGGGCCACAACGAGAUCAUCGGGGUCUGCCGCGUGGGGGUCAACGCCGAGGGGCUGGGCAGAGACCACUGGAACGAGAUGCUGGCCUACCCCCGCAAGCCCAUCGCCCACUGGCACCCGCUGGUGGAGGUGAAGAAAUCCUUCAAAGAGUGGCACGGCCGGGCAGCGAGCUUCGACAGCCAGGGCUCCUGUCCCUCCCCCAAACCACCCCCCACGCCGUGAUCCGGAGCAGGGACAGCAAAAAUGGGACUAAAACCAAGUAAAUUUUGCACUUGGCCUUCAGUCUCAGUGGUUGCUGAGGGGCGGUGGCAGCAGCGGGACUUUCCGGUCUCGUUGUUCCUGCGUAAGUAAAGGUAGAAACCCGUUUCGUGGUCAAAUUUGUUUUUGUCUAAUAUGUCUCCCAAGGUGAUGUUAUUUUUGUGGCUUUUGCUGUACGGAUCUGUUUCCAGAGGGAGAAGAUGGGCUGAGACACGUGCUGGGAGUUUGGUCUGUAGAAUAACGUGUAAAAUAGUUUUUAGUGUGUGUGUGGAGGCUGGAAAGGGGCGAGGAGGGGUCUGCAGAGAGCAGGGGUGGCCGGGACGGGGGACAGGGGCCACUGGAGAGGCUCUUGCAAGCCACCAGCAGCUCCAUCCUCGUGGUCAGCCCCACCCUGCCGGGUGCCCCCGGGUUUCCUGUUCAUGUAGAGGUGUCCAUGAGCUCUUAGAAGUUUGUGCAGUGUGUACCCCAUAAUUCCUUUUGUCAUAUAUGAAAAAAAAAUGCUGUUGAUUCCUCAGGAGGGGAACCCUGGGGUUUUUUCCCCCUGUAUCUGAAGUCUCCCCAGAGCUAUUUGCAUGAACAGUUUCUGCAGCCCCCUUUGUAGCUGCUGCUCAUCCCCCAGGACAUCCCUGCGUUAUCUGGAGUGGAGGGAACAGCCUUGCCACAGGUGGGAGUCACAAAAAAAAAAGGGGGAAGAUGUUACAGAAAAGGGUGACAGCCCUGCAUGACCACUGGAUCUCUAUUUCUUAUCUCAUCCGAGUAAUAAAUGGUGGCCCAAGGGGGAAAGGGAAAUACAGAAACAUGAUCGACGCUAAAAAAAGCUUCCAAUCUUUUUUCUUAAGACUGUCAGCACUUCCUUAAAGAAUAAACUUUCUCAUCCCAAGCCCUGAGGGAAGGUCAAGUUCUGGAAAAAAUAAAAAAACGAAGCUUUGCUGGUUCCUUGGCUGCAGAGGCCAAGAAUGAAGUUAGAAUAUCCCAAGUACUGGCUUUACAGCUAAAUCAGCUGAUCUUUAUCAGCCAGCUGUGGAUUUUGGACACUUUCUCAUCCUGGAUUUUUCUCUGAGUUAAGAAGUGCAUUAGUGCUGUUUAUUCCACCCUAAUUCAAUUAGGCAAAGGCAAAUAUUUUGGUUUCGAGGUAGAAUUUGCGAGCGAGGCUCUCCUCCCCUCAGGUCAGCAGGGCUGUGUUCAUCAGCCACCACCCUCAGGUCAACCUCAGUUUCCAUUUUCCCAAAUGUCACCAUGUCACCCCUGGCUGCACCCACGGCUGGCAGAGAGGGGUGCUGGCAUUGCUCCUGGCCGAGAUGAAUCCUUUGUUCAGUGAAGGGUAAAUCCAUCAUUCCUCAUCACACCUCGUGUCUUAAUUCUCUUUAUGUGCCACGUGCUGUAGGAGCAGAAACUCAAUAAAAUCAUUUUGUUUGUAAGCGCU